AUGUCUUCACAGAACAACAAAUACUCCGUCAUUCUCCCUACCUACAAUGAACGCAAGAACCUACCCAUAAUCUGCUGGCUGAUUGAGAGGACAUUUAGAGAGAAUAAACUAGAUUGGGAGGUGAUCAUAGUCGAUGAUGGAUCUCCAGAUGGAACAUUAGAAGUCGCAAAACAGCUUCAAUCACUUUGGGGACCGGAGCACAUCGUUCUGAGGCCCCGUGAAGGGAAGCUAGGUCUCGGAACCGCAUAUGUCCAUGGCUUGAAAUCGGUCUCAGGUAACUUCGUCAUCAUCAUGGACGCCGAUUUUAGCCACCACCCUAAAUUUAUCCCCGAAAUGAUCAAAAUACAGAAGGAAACGAACUGCGACAUUGUUACAGGGACUAGAUAUGCAUCUCGUGGGAAUCUCCGUGGUGGAGUGUAUGGCUGGGAUCUGGUCCGCAAGCUCACCUCUCGGGGAGCCAACUUGAUUGCGGACGUGAUGUUGAUGCCCGGAGUCAGCGAUCUGACGGGAAGUUUCCGAUUAUAUAAGAAGCCCGUUCUUGAGAAGGUUAUUAAAAGCACGGAGAGCAAAGGGUAUACUUUCCAAAUGGAAAUGAUGGUUCGUGCUAAGGCCAUGGGGUUUAAGGUCGAGGAAUGCCCCAUCACAUUUGUUGAUCGUCUUUAUGGCGAGAGCAAGCUUGGAGGGGACGAGAUCGUAGAAUACUUAAAGGGGGUCCUCACACUUUGGCUGAAGGUCUAA